GAUGGUUGCAAUGUAGUGGUGAAACAACUAGAUUAAAAUAACAAAAUUUAUGUAUGGAUAGGAUCAUAAAUGUAUUAAGAAACCUUUUCUCAUAACAGUACCGUGGUAUUAUGUGUUUCCGUUGCAACGCACGGACAUUCAGCUAGUUUAUAAAAAAGGUCCAAAACUCGGCAGUGGUGACAUCCAGAAUAGACGGGGCCCGUCCUAGCGUUUGGACCCGCCCGCGUGCGUGAUCUUUGGUUUGAAGCCUUUGUGCAGCCCACAAUCACGUGGCAGCUGCGGCCCAAUCCGCCUGCGCUACGUUCUCCAUAGUUGGUUGGCAGGCGCCCCCGGCCCCCCAUACGCGUGAGAUGCGCGCGGAUCGCCAACGGACAGGAUUUCCCUCCCUCUCUCUGUCCUCUCCUCUCCUCUCCUCUCAGGCUCUCCUCUGGCUCUGGCGCACGCGCGGUGCCGCUGGAGCGUCGCCGUCGGGCGGGGCCGGAGCCGGAGCCGGAGACUGCUCGCCUCUCGCCGUCCCACUUCCCAGGCGCGCCGCGCCGUGGUCGCCUGUCGACCUGUCACUUGUGGAAGCUCUGUCCGCGGCCGCGGGCGGAGCGUACGUGCGCGCGUCGACUUCACUCUACAUCAGGCGCGCGGUACGUCGUCGGGGCGAGGCACGCGCGCGGAGUGUCGGCGCGAACUGGUUUUUCAGGCUCAUAAUACGGAUGGCGCUGGACGUCCUCUGGGGGCGAUGGCGAUGAUUGCCGAUCAGUCCCGCUCCAUCCGUCCGUUGAUAUGGUACCAGUACCUAGGCCGGCGGUGGCGGCGGUUCCUAGGCCGACGGUGGCGGCCCUCGAUCCAGAGGGCGAGCGGCGGCGGCAGCGCCCUUAUGUGGUGGCGGCGGUUUCCAGGCCGGCGGUGGCGGCCCCCGAUCCAGAGGGCGAGCGGCGGCAGCGUCCUUGUGCGGUGGCGGCGAUUCCCAGGUCGGUGGCCGCAACUCCAUUACCUCGACGCGCGGUGGCGGAGGUUCCUCGAUCCGCAGCGAGGCCCUUGUGCAGGCAAGCGGCGGCGUCCCCGAAGCCCCGAGGAGGCGGCACUUCCAAGGCCGGCGAGCAAGCGACGCCCGUCGACGUGCGAGUAGCGACGGCGACGCAUGAGGCGCGAUGUUCGAGCGAGCGACGUCACGGAAGGGGCGAGAUGCGCGCAGCGAUGAUCGCGCGUGACAUCCUCUGAUCCGGCGCAUUUUUCUUUUCGUUUAUUGUGUUUUAUGCCUACCACAUGUAUUAUUUACGCUAAAAACUGUAUGUUUUUAUGCUUUAACACAGAGUUCGUAUAUCAGUUUACUGCAUGCACA